AGGGGCACCUUUACCUCUGUCUAUUCCUCUACCGAGAAGGCUACAGGACGUCGCUAUGCCAUGAAAAUCGUGGACCGAUAUCGCUGCGAGCGUCUGAAAAAGACAGCAGACCUGUACAUGGAGAAGCAUUGCCUGCAGAGGACCAACCACUGCAACAUCAUCAAAAUGCUGGGCUGGUUCUCAGACAACACCAAUAUUUUCGUGAUGCUGGAGGAAUGCUUGGGGGGUGAACUGUGGGAGCUAAUCAAGACGGUUGGCUGUCCAGUUCCACGAGCCCGCUACUAUUUGGCGCAACUCAUCAAUGCCGUUACCUAUCUGCGAGAUGCCAGAAUUGUUCACAGGGAUUUGAAGGCCGAGAAUGUGAUGCUGACGGAGCUUGGUGUUGUGAAGUUGAUUGACUUUGGCACUGCGAAGGACCUGGAAAAUCCUCACAUCAAAGGUGCAGGGAAUGCCUCGCGACAUAAAGUCUUUGAGGACUAUGUGGGAACUCCGCAGUUCAUGCCUAAAGAGGUCAUCGAAAAUAAGUGCAGCGACCAUCGCUCGGACGUCUGGUCCCUGGGAUGCACCAUCUUUCAAGUCUUGAGCGGCUGUCCACCCUUUCAUGACAGGUCGGAGUAUCUCAUCUUCCAACGCGUCAUCGCCUUAGACCUGGUCUUUCCACCCGGCCUUGAUCCGCAGGGCCGGGAUCUGAUCGCACGGAUGGUGGUGGAAGAUGCCGAUCUGCGGCUGGGGGCGGCGGACAUCGAAGAUGUGAAGAAACAUCCAUUCUUUCAGUCCCGCAGUUUCGAGGGGAUUCACCGCGAACCAGUGCCUAUGCUCUCACUGGCUGACUUGUGCCUGCAAAGGAUUGGCACCAAACUGAAGGACUUCGUAAAGAUUCUGCCGAGCUGGUCUGGCACUGGUAGCUUAGUGCUGACCCUCGGGGAGCAACUGGAGCGCAUGCAGCAGGCACAUCAGUGGCAGGAGGACGUGCUGCCACCGGAGGAAGCCUGGUAGGCUGGUGCUGAGAGGUGACGCCGGGCUAAAAAAGGGACCAACUGCUGAGCUGAUGGGUCUGGAAAGCUAAA